AUGACAUCCCUAUCGCUCUUCCUCUUGUCUACUGUCGUCUGUUUUGGGACGACAGCACCGUUCUGCCCUCGGCAUGCGGUUGCUCUUGUCCCACGCUUCCGGUCAUCAAGGCAACACGGUCCUUUACUCGCAAGGCACCCCCAGCAGCAAUGGUCGCCACGAACAGAACUGGACAAGAAGGCGAGACAUCAUAAAAAGGAACGAGGACCGCCACCAUCGGAACUGGACAGAAAGAUACUGGACCUUGCAAAUAACAGAAGGAUUCAAGAUGCCAUUCAAGCUAUGCAGAACAGCUUCAGCGAAGACUCAGCAGCCAAACUACAGUUGAAUACAUUCCAUGCGUUGCUAAAGGCGUGUUCACUUUCUAGACAGCAAGAUGCUGGCUUCAUGGCAAACUCUGUUAUUGCCUGUAUGGAAAGUUUCUCCAAUGCUGGACGUACUGAUAGGAAGCCACAUCUGGGAUCGUACUCGAUGGGAAUCAAUGCAUGGGCAAAGUCAAGACAUCCUGACUCUGGUAAAUGGGCUGAAAUGAUUCUCGAUGACAUGAAGGGAACCAUUACACCAGAUGUUGUAAGCUACAGUAACAUCAUGGAUGCCUGCAUGGGCAAAACUGGGGAAUCCCCAAGCUGUUGA